UUAACACCAAACGCGGUUUUGCGGCCCGUCACACGCCCCUCGCCGGCGCGCGAUUUGGCUGCCCAGAAAGACAAAUCCAAAUUUGUGCUGUCACUGCGGCAUUUCGUCAUCAUCAAGAUGGAGACCUUACUGGUGAAUUGUAUCGAGAAAAACCUUAGCCAAUUCAUGCUCACGAACGCCAUCUUCCUCUGCGAACGCCUUGUCGCCGAAUUCCCCUCUGAGGUGAACCUGUAUUUGCUAGCUAGGUGUUACUUGAGUAAUAGUCAAGCUUAUAGUGCAUAUUAUAUCCUUAAAGGUUCAAAAACGCCUCAGUCUCGGUAUCUGUUUGCAUUCUCAUGCUUCAAGUUGGAUCUUCUUGGAGAAGCUGAAGCCGCAUUGUUGCCCAGUGAAGAAGAAUACGUUGAACAAGUUCCAGGUGGUGCAGCUGGGCAUUAUCUUCUUGGUCUUAUAUAUAGAUAUGCUGGGAGGAAGAACAGUUCAAUAGAACAGUUUAGGACGGCGUUAUCAUUUGAUCCAUUGUGUUGGGAAGCGUAUGGAGAACUUUGUAGUUUAGGUGCAGCUGAAGAAGCCUCAACGGUUUUUGGCAAUGUCGCUGCCCAGCGUCUUCAUAAUGAUUGUGUCUCACAUAGAAUAAACUUCUCAGAAAGAGAAAGCUUAAACGAGCUUAGGGAUUCUGAUAAGGCCUCUAAAGAUACAAGUUUGUGGCAAACAGAACAUGUUCAAGGAGAGAGCCAGCAAGAUCUGAAAACUAAGCAGCUUGGAGCAGAUAUUCCGCCAGAUACUGACAAGCAACGUAACAGUAGUUCUCAUACAAAUGGAUGGGACUUGAAUACGCCUUCUCCGGUGCUUUCACAGGUAUUGGACGCUCCACCACCUAUGCUCCAUAAGAGUGUGCGUCGUCCAGCAGAGGGAGGAUUGAUGUCUGUACAUGGAGAGUGUCGAAGAAAGCUUGUUAGUGAAGAAGUGUCAGCAGAGGCUCCUGAAGAAUCUGGGCGUCGCCGGAGUGCUAGAAUAGCAGCAAGGAGAAAGAUACCUAUGUUGCAGUCAUGUGGAAAAGAUUCCCACUGGUCACAUCUUUCACCUCCCGAGUCAAACCGUGCACCUUCUCUUUCCUCGAUGAUUGGAAAAUGCAGAAUCCAAAGCAGCAACGAAGCAACGACGUCAGGCCAGUCUAUAAGUGACAUUGGAAGCUCUGUUGAUGAUGAGGAAAAUUCAAAUCCUAGUGGAUCUUCUCCGGAUCGUUUUAGCCUCAUUUCUGGAGUUUCAGAAGUGCUUAACCUUCUGAAACUUCUUGGAGAUGGCCACAGGCAUUUACUUAUGUACAAUUGUCAGGAAGCUCUGUUGGUAUAUCAAAGGCUAUCUCAGAAACAAUACAAUACUCAAUGGGUUCUCUCACAGGUUGGAAAAGCUUAUUUUGAGCAACAAGACUACUUCAACGCUGAGUCUGCCUUUACUCUUGCUCAUCAAAAGUCACCUUAUGCUUUGGAAGGAAUGGAUACGUACUCCACUGUUCUUUAUCACUUGAAAGAAGAGAUGAGGUUGGGCUAUCUGGCUCAGGAGCUGAUUUCAAUCGACCGCCUAUCUCCAGAAUCGUGGUGUGCUGUUGGGAACUACUACAGUUUGCGUAAGGAUCACGAAACUGCUCUCAAAAUGUUUCGGAGAGCUUUCCAACUAGAUGAAAGAUUCACAUAUGCGUAUACUCUUUGUGGUCACGAGUUUGCUGCAUUGGAAGUAUUUGAUGAUGCAGAGAGAUGCUACCAGAGGGCACUGAGCAUAGAUACAAGACACUAUAAUGCAUGGUACGGUCUAGGAAUGACCUACCUUCAUCAAGAGAAAUACGAAUUUGCGCAGCAUCAAUUUCAACAGGCUCUCCGGAUAAACCCAAGAUCUUCAGUCAUCAUGUGUUACUCAGGGAUUGCUUUGUAUGAGUCAGAGAGGAACGAUGAGGCGUUGAAGAUGAUGGAGAAAGCUGUAAUCGCUGAUGCGAGGAAUCCGCUCUCGAAGUACUUCAAGGCUAAUAUAUUGGUUAACCUCGGUGAUUAUCACAAAGCCCUGAAAGUCUUAGAAGAGCUCAAAGAUUGUGCUCCUCAAGAGAGUAGUGUCCAUGCGUUGCUUGGCAAAAUCUACAAACAGCUAAAGCUAUACGACAAAGCCGUGUUACACUUCGGCAUUGCUUUGGAUUUAAACGCUUCUCCAUCUGAUGCUGUCAAGAUAAAGCAUUACAUGGAGAGGUUGAUAUUACCAGAUGAGUUAAAGAUGGAGGAGGACCUCUAGAUCCACUGUGUAGGUAAGUAUACAUAUAUACACCCGAUGAUGUUUCUCGUAUAAACCAAAGUCAUCUGUAAUCUCACUUCAGAUUUGUCUUGUGAUAGGAAUAACCCUAAAACAAAACUUGGCUAAUUUCACUUACUGAUUAUAAUAUAAGAGGG